CGUACGUUGGGUUUAUCCCAACCGUUCGUCUCGGGAAAAGCGACUGUACUACUCGCGAGCAACCACUCGUCUUCGCCGUUGCCGAGCGCUGGACUGCGGCGGCGCCAUGGAGAGCGGCCACAAGAGCGGAGGCGGUAGCGCGCUUCCCGGAGGAGCCGGAGGGGAAGGGGUGCUGUGCCACGUGUGCGGGUUCCAGUACCCGAACGUGCACCCCAGCGCCAAGCAGCGCCGCGCGCACCGCAGGCACUGCGGCAAGCCGCCAUCCGCCGCCGCCGCCGCGGAGGAGGAGGAUGGCGCCGGGGAGCGCGACGGCAAGGUGUUACUUCAAGGUGAGGGUGGUGGAGGUGGAGUAGGGGGAGAGGGAAUUGGAGCGAGCGCGGCGGAAUGCGGCGCCGGUUUGCCUGGAUCUGCGCCGGAGGUUGGAGAUGCAGUGGAGCACGGGGACAAUGCAGAGCAUUCUUCUGGUAACGGUACUGGACAUCAAGUCAUCGAAGAUAGAAGUGCUGAAGAUUGCCUCAUCAGUUGCAAUAAUAUUCCCUCUGAAAUCACUUCUGAGGACAGUAGGAAUGAUAAUGAUGGUACUAUGACUACAUUCGCUACACAAGACUCUGAAAAAGGAACACAUAUUGAGUAUGGGGAUCCAUCUGAUCCAGCUGUUAGUUCCGAGCAGCUUCAGGAUGUUCCCUCUUCUGUUCUUCCACCAGAGCCUGCAGAUGGUGCAAGAUUCAGUUCAGAAAUAUCUGAAUAUGAAAUACAGAACUCAAGUGUCGUGUCUCUGGCAUCAAAUGCAACUGGAGGUGGAAUGUCUGAACAAACAAAUAAUGUAGUCAGUGAACUGAGUGGGAUUGCUGUGACUGAGGAAGAUGGUAUGAUCAACACCACAGGCAAAAAUAAACCUAGUGAGGACAUGUCUGUAAAAGAUGAUGAGUUUGGUCUCUCCUGUCAAGGUAAUCUACAAACUAGGAUUGGUGAUGAGCACUGUACCACUAUAGUGGAGCAAGAUUCAUCUGACAAGAAUCUUGAUGCAAUUCACAACGAAGAAAACUCGAAUGAUGAAACUGAAUCAAGCCAGCAAAGCAAGCUUAUAUUAACUAACCCAAUCGAGGAAUUUCCUAAUAUCAAGGAGCCUUUGGAGUCUAUUACUGAGAAAUCUGUUCGUACAGAUGAUGACUUCCUUAAAUUUGGUACGAGUGGUUGCCAUUCAGAGACACUGGACAUUGUUGAACCCCAGCAGCAACCUGACUCUACCUCUGUGACAGAAGACCAUCUGGCUAUCCCCAGACAAGCAGAGAAUGUUGAAGGAUGUCAUUAUCCUAAUACAGAUGAAGGCAUCCAAGGAAUACCAAGUGCAAUUGGAUCUGCUGUCAGUGCUAAAGUUGUGUCUGUUGAUGGCGCAGCUAACAUUACAGAGAUCGUUUGUUCAUAUGAUGUAACAGUGGGAGUCAACAUGGAGAAAAAUGUGACUACUGGUACUGUCGUUCCAACCCAAGUUGACCUAGUGGAGGUUAGCACUUCCGUUACUGCUGAUGAAAUCAACAUGGUUGGUAGCACAAACGAUGUUGAUGAAAAGGGGCAGAAUGAACAAAACAAUUCAGACCUUACUUCCUAUGAAGUGAAUGAGAUGCACAUCGUAGAAAACAUUGAAGAAAAGCAGCAGAACAAAGAGGUCAUUACAGAUCCCAGUUCUCAUGAAACUAAUGUGGUUUCCAGUACAGAUAAUUAUGGGGGAAAUGAACAGAAUGAAGCAAGUAUUGCAGAAACCAGUUGUUGCAAGAUAAGUGCAUUACAAAGCACGAUUAGUAUUGAAGAAAAGGAACCAAUUGAAGAAAAGGAACCAGCUUCUGAAAAGACCAAUGAGACAAGUAGCAGAGACAUUGUUGAAGAAAAGAAGCAGGAUGAGGUUGAUGUAAAAAUUAACCGAGAGAUAGAUGUGGCAUGCAACAUGGAAACUAUUGGAGAAAAUAAUAAUGCUACCUCUUGCGAGAUUAGUGCAGGGAACACCACAGAUAAUGUUGAAGACAAGAUGCAGAAUGAAGAAAGUACUGCAGGCCUUAUCAACAUGAUAUGCAGCACUAAUAAUGAGGAAAAGAUGCAUACUGAAAAAAUGGCCGAGGGCCUUAGUUCUCAUGAGACAAUUGUGGUACACGAGGCAGAUAAUGUCGAAGAGAAGACAUAUGAAGAGACUACGGCAGAUCCUACCUCUCAGAAGUGCAGUGUGGUUACCUCCACUGACAGUGUUGAAGAGAGGACGGACGAAGAAACAACUGCAGACCCUACUUCCCACGAGAUAAAUGCAAUGUGCACUACUGAUAAUGUCGAAGAAAAAAAGAAUGAAGAGCCUAUUUUGAACCCUACCUCUUCCAGGAUCGGCACUGUAGGCAGUAUAGGUGAUGUUGAGGGCAAGAAGCAGAAUGAAGAAACUACAGCAGAUCCUACUUCUGGUGAAAACAACACGCUACAAGAAACUACACCAGAUCCUAGUUCUGGAGAAAACAACACGCUACAAAUUGCAGAUGAUCCCCAAAAUAAUCAGCAGCAUGGAGACACCAGAACGGACCCUGCUUCAGAUAAAACCGAAGUGGCACAGAACACAAAUAAUGUCGAAGAAAGGGAAAAGACGGAAGAUACAGCCACAAGGGAGAUCGACACCAUACAAAGUGCGGAUGACCCGAAAGGAACUGACCAAAAUGAAGAGGUCGCUGACAAGGAAAUGGUUGCAGAUUCAGACAGAAACCAUGUCUCGUUGAAGGUCCUCCUCGCCGAUAAGAACGUGGAAACCAAGGAGAAGAAAGCAAGCACCAAGGACCGAGUACUGUCAUUCAGGCGCCGAGGGUCGAAAGACGAGGUGUCACCGGUGAAGCCGGGUUCUCCGAAGGCCGGUUCUGGGCAGCAAGACUGGAACUCUCCCGCCAGGUUACCAGCCGAGAAGAAACCCAAGGGAAGGAAACAGCAGUGGGUGCCAUUUAUUUGCUGCUCGUCAAUACAGUGAUGCUGCCUCAUUAUCAGCUCGGACUCCGGCUUUCGCCGACCCUGCUAAUUUGCUGCUCGUCCAUGCUGAUGAUACUCACAAGUCAUCUCAGCAACCUUCGCGACAAGACAUGCUUGGUCCUGCUUUGUGCUUCUUGCAACUCCAUUUGCCUUUUGUAUGUUAAUCUAUAUGUAUGUUGAUGUAAAUUUUAUUAGACGUGUCCAGAUAAGUCCUUUCAGUUUAGUCUGCUAAUGUUUUGCAGUAACAGUGAGGCAGUGAUUUCAGGGAUGUGACUUCGUCUUAAACAGUGUGACUUUGAUGCCUAUACGGCAUGUUUGCUUAGCCCAUGGGCGGUCUGUUUGC